CCACGCUGAAAAUCAGAUCGAACAUAAGAAGGAAUUAAUUUUCCAUGUGGCUCAAAUUGAGGAUGUGUCUCCCCUUCAUAUUCGUCCUUGGAGUAUGUUCUUUUCCCUUUUCAUUCGUUCCGACUCCUUUCUUUCCUUCCUGGUAAAGGGAACGAAAGAAGAAGGGUAGAAAGAAACAUGGGGCGGCAGAUGCACUCAACACAAACAUUAGCAAUCGCAAUUGCGCGCUCUACGCAUCUCUUUCUCCAUGGCCAUCUGUAAUUAAAUGCCUUGGUAUUGUUUUCGUGAUCAUAUUUGUCUCAGAUGGGCGCAGAAGAGCAAUUGAAAGAGGAAAUGGCAGACACGGCAGCUCCUUGGGUACUCAGAGACUUGGAGCAGCGCAUGAAUAAAUUGCUCGCGCCACAGCCUGCCGGAGGUCAGGCGAUCGAGGCCCUCCAAGAAGAGAAUGCUAGGGUUUCAUCGUCUCGUGAUAAUGAGGGUUUGGGCGAUGUUAUGAGUCAGGUAGAUCAGUUUCUUAGAGACGCGCUUCAGAAUCCUAGGGAGCGCUUGACAAUUUUACGAAUGGAGCAACAAGUUGAAAAGUUUAUCCAAAAUGCCAGCCAGCAGCAACUUGAGUUUGAACAGCUACCAACUUCCUAUCUUAGGCUUGUUGCCCAUCGUGUUGCUCAACACUAUGGUUUGCAGUCAAUGGUAGUAGUUGAUGGCAGCUCAGCAGAUGGAUCUGGUACAAGGAUCAUUGCUCGAAAGACAUUUAAAAUUGGGUACCCAGUUAUUCGUUUGGCUGAUAUUCCCGUGAGUCUACCUCAGGAUGAAAAGACAAAUGUUGUUAAAUUUGAAAUUAAGCAAAGGAUGCAGAAAGGUUCUCAUAGAGAUGGUAUUAAUGGUAGUUCUUCCAAGUCCAAUUUUGGUAAAAGUGUAGAGGAAAGGAAAGAAGACUAUAUUAAGGCACGAGCUCGAAUUUUUAAUGAUAGUGGCUCAGGGGAUUUAGGAACAUCAGAUGAAGAUGAUUUUGCUUCAGCAGAUUAUGAGCAAUGUUAUUCUCUGAGAGUUCCGAGUCCUGAGGGCAAACAUACCAAAGAUCAACUUCAAAAUAUUCAUACAAAAGUCUUGACUGAUUGUUCCUCUGGAGUGGGUGUGACUAGUAAUUCUAAAGGAGAUGGGGAGCCUUCUGGUAGGGUAAAAUCUAACAACAAUAGGGUAGCUAUUUUUCGAGAUCGCGAGAAAGAUCGGAAAGACCCGGAUUAUGACCGAAGUUAUGAUAGGUACAAUCAACGACAUGAUCCUGGGUUUGGCUUAAACUUGGGACCAUUCAAUAUGCAGGGAUUGUAUCCUCCGGUUGUUAACUGUAACACCGAAUUUCCUCAAUUAGGGGCAGCACACAGAGCACAGGUUCAUAUGGAACCACCAGCUCAUCCACUCCAACCACAUACCCUUGGUCCAUGGGUAGCUCCUCCAAAUACAAUGGGUUAUGUUCCUCCAGAUGCUAUGAUGAGGCCUUUCAAUCCUGGUCACAUGGGUGCACACUCUGCAUCUGCCGUGUAUUUACAAUCUGCACAAUUUGCUUGUCCAAAUCCUGGAAUGCGCUACAUGCAUCCUCAUGAAUGGUUCCAGCAGCCUUUUGCUCGGCCUCAUCUUCAGCAGCAGCCUGAAGCGUGUUAUGGCCAAGCCCGGCGCCGCUAAGGCUCUGGGACCUGCCUGCACCUGUCAACUGUUCAUGAAAAAGAGAGAAUUGUUUUGAAGGAUUUACUUAAGGUACAGCCAUUAAGUACAAUUUUUUCUGUAGGUUGGCAGGGAAAUGCAGGCAGAAAUGGAGGAAGUUAUGGAAAGUGCAUUCAAAUAUAUUUGGAGUUUGAGCCUACUAUCUAGUACAAGGUAGGGGCUCUCCUGCUAAUAUAAUAUUCUGGUGUUCUUCAGUUCCGCCACCAUCCUCCAUUUUUUUUCUAAAAAGCCUUUCAUGGUCAUGCUUUUCUUGAUAUUUUGGGGCAUUGUAUUCUGAAGGUUGUGCUGUUAACCAUGAAUUUCUAAUAUGGUUUAGGAUAAUCCGAAUUUCAGUAAUUUUAGCUAGAUGACAAUUUCUUUGUUGCAGUCCUGGAAUAUUAGUGUACAUUACUGAAUGUGGCACUCUACCUUUGUUUGUAUGUUAGAUUUAGACUGUUAUGGAUAUUCUUAUAGGACCAAUUUGCCGUUCCUGUUACACAGAUGGUCUGGGAGAAUUUCCAUGAUGCCUGGUCAUGAAAUUAGAAAUUGAUAGUUGACUUGAUAGGCAUGUCGUUGAAACUCUUAGUAACAGGGGAUAUUGAUUUCCAGUUACCAUACUAACAGGGUCAAUCAUAAUUUCUAAUAGUUUGAAUGGGGUUGUAGCUAAAUUGGAUUAUAAACAGUGCCUUCUUUCA